AUGUCCACCGAAAAGAAAAACCGCAUAAUCCUUGGUCUUAUGACCUUUGGGCCUGACCGAAAUGACGGCGCUCGCAUUACUUCCCUCCCAGAGUUCAAAAACAUACUCACCGCUUUCCAUGAUCGCGGCUACACCGAACUCGAUACAGCACGUGUCUACUGCGGAACCCAGCAAGAAUCCUUUACCGCAUCCGCCGGAUGGAAAUCGGCGGGUUUUACCAUUGCAACUAAGCUCUACCCAGGCCAGCCGGGAAUCCACAAGGCGGCAUCUAUAAGGGAGAAUAUUGCCAAGUCACUCAGCGAGCUAGGCACGGAGAAGGUAGACUUAUGGUAUUUGCACGCACCAGAUAGGUCCGUCCCCUUCGAAGAGACACUAGAGGCAGUCAACGAAGCGUACAAGGAGGGGAAGUUCAUGAGGCUGGGGUUGAGCAAUUACACUGCAUUCGAGGUGGCCGAGAUUUGUACCCUGUGUAAGGAGAGAGGAUGGGUGAAACCAAGUGUGUAUCAGGGAAUGUAUAAUGCCAUCACCAGAGCGAUUGAGAAGGAGUUGUUCGUGGCCUGUAGGAAAUACGGACUUGAUAUUGUGGUUUACAAUCCUCUAGCAGGCGGCUUCUUCACCGGCAACUACAAAUCACCCGCCCUCCCCGAGUCAGGAAGAUUCAGUAAUACCAGUAUCAUGCAAGGCAGUGCCUACCGCGCUCGUUACUUCCAUGACCACUAUUUCAACGCGCUCAAACUCAUUGAGCCCGUUGCGGAGAAACACAAUCUUACCAUGGUAGAAAUUGCGUUUCGGUGGCUGCUGCACCAUUCGGCGCUAAAUAUCAAGAACGGGAAUGAUGGAAUAAUAUUGGGUAUAAGUAGCCAGAAGCAAUUAGAGGAGAACCUGGAUCAAUUAGAGAAGAGCCCCUUGCCAAGUGAGGUAGUAGAAGUGUUGAAUGAGGCCUGGGAAGUGGUGAAGCCAAAUGCGCCGAAGUAA